AUACCACGGGUUUAUACUGCGGCGUAAUAUUCUUGUGGCGUUUCUUCUAAGUCGGCAAACGAGCAACUUAUUCAUCUAUUGUAGAAAAGAAAAUCAAGCAUGUCUUACAGACAGCAAAGAGAGAAUGAAGGAGAGGAGGAUCGGGAGACAAUCCGGUUCAGAAAAAUUUUCAAGGAAGUUUCGGGUCCGGAUAUGGAGGUUGAUGCCUGGGAACUUCGGGACAUUCUAAAUUCAGCACUACGGCAAGAUCUACGUCGUGAACGUUUUAGCCUUGAAUCCUGCAAGAGUAUGGUGGCUCUCAGCGAUGAUGAUCGCACUGGUAAACUUAGCUUUGAUGAGUUCAGAGAGCUUUGGGACAAAAUAUGCGAAUUCAAGGACUUAUUCCAGAAGGCAGAUUCGGAUAAUUCUGGGAUGAUUAACACGAACGAGAUGAGAGUGGCUUUAGCAUCCCUUGGCUUCAAGCUAAAAAGUAACGUCAUCAAAGGAUUAGGUUUGACAUAUGGAGAUAAGGAUGGUAACCUCUCAUUGGCUAAUUUUAUCCACGUGGUCAUUAGAGUCAAAUAUAUUCACAAUGCCUUCGAAUCUAAGUGUCGCGGUGAUAAGGCUAGAUUCAGCCCAGAAGAAUUCCUCGUUGCGGAGAUCUACUCUUAAAUUCCCCCGAUGUCAGUGGAUUGUUAGACGUUGCUCGGUGAUUUCAUACUAAAAUAGACAUUACUGUAGAAUGGUAUAUAUAUCAUUGUAAAUAUUGGUAUUAAACAGGGCAAAUAGUUCCAUGAAAACUGACUUGCAUCUUUUCAUGAUAAAAUGCGUAUAUAUAUUUAUUAAGUAUAUUAAGUAUUUUCUUAACUGCUUAUAAAG